AUGCCGCAACGCAGAAUAAGACUGGUGCUGGUCAGGCCACCGCACAAAGGCCUAUGGUUGCUUGAUGAUUAUGGGGUCGAUGGAGAAGGAAGUCAGAAGGUUGAUCUUACAUCUGAAGGUUCCAAUGUCAAGCCUCGUGAACUACUUACAUACUACCAUGAGAGUUCGGCCCCACUCAGGGGGCUCUUUCCCCCCACUUUCGCAGUCUCCUUACCCGGGUUUGCUGCCUAUCCAGUGGCUCGCUUCGAUGCGGUCAUGGCCUGUGCGGCAGCUGGCAGCGCCCCAAUGCCAUCCACACCCAAACCCACACCCGCCUUGAAACGAAACACGCCAGGCAACCGCAACGUGUCUCCGGAUCCGUCGCAUGGCUUCUCCAUCUUUCUCCACUGCGGCCCGUCUCUCGUUCUUCGUGCCGCAAGAUUAGGGGGACCAAUCUUUCUCCGCCAAGUCUACCAGUAUCACUCCCGUGCUACGCAUUGUCGCAAGAUUUCAGAUCCUUUGAGGAAUCGGCCAGAAUCCCGGCACAUAGUUAGGAAGCAAUAG